AUGCCCCGCCUGCUAAUCGCGGAGGCAGACAGCCUGGAAUGGGAAGGCUUUUUCUGCGGAAACAACACGGCGAACCUGGAGCGUUUCUCCGUGUCUCAGUGCGAGAUGAAGCUGACCAAACGACGCUCCUACUCGGUUAUCAGCAUCAACGAGAUCGAGCGGCAGAUCAACCACGUCGAGGAGAGCAUCAGAGAGUACAUUUUCUGGUGGGUAUCGGAGAAGUCACCGGAUGUGUUCUGGACCACGCUGGCCGAUGUCUCGUCGCUCGAACAGUGUGUGCUGCAGUGCGCCAAACGCUUCAUCUGCGUCGGAGCGGACGGCUGUUCGUGCGGCUCCCUGCGCAGUGAUCGCUCCGAGGUCCGGGUACGGGAGUGGGUGAAAACCAGACACAAGCAGGAGAUGGGCUCCAACCAGGGUUACCUCAUGCUGGACAAGGAAGGAAACGCCAACGUGCCCGAGGGGUGGACGUGCACCACGGAGCCGACCAAGUGGCGGCAGGCUCGGGAUUCCACCCUCCAGGGCUGCCUCCAGGCCUGCCGCGCCGCCAACAACUCGUUCGCGGCCUUCGGACAGAGCGGGUGCCGCUGUGGAGACUCGGGCGAGGGAUUCAGCCACCUGGCCAUGGUCCACUGCCAGAACCCUCAGGCCAACGCCGAGACCCGCCCGCACUCGGUCUUAUUCGUCGACGUAUGGACGCAAAACUAUCAAAAGUACUCCACCAAACCCGGUUUUCAGGCGUUCUGGGUGUCUCAGAAGCCGAGUGGCGUUCGCUGGGAGGCCGCUCCCGGCCGCACAGUGCUGGACGACUGCGUCAGCGCCUGUCAGGACAGAAAGGGCGUCAAGCUCGUGCUGGUGGGAGUGGACGGCUGUGAGUGUGGCAUCACCACAUCGGCCGGCUACCGACCGGCCAUGGCCUGGGACGCCCGGCCGCCGGCCAGCGCCGCGCGCGGCUUCCUGCUCGUGCAGAUGAACAAGGCGUCCACAGGGUACGUGGAGCCCGUGUUCGAGUGGAUCACGAAGAGAAACAACACCCACAAGAAGGAGAACGAGGUCAAAGAAGCGCCCACCUGGAUCAGAGUGACGGUGGCGCACUCGAACCGGAAGAGCCUGCGGCGGCUCUCACAUCUCAGUAAGGAGGAGCGGCUCUCACAGAACCUGGAGCGGACCGUGGGCACGAGAGGCAGCCGCGGCCUGAGCCAGCAGCGCGAGCACAGCACCAUCGAGCAGCGCUCCACCACGCUGCACGGCCACCACGAGCGGGCCACCAACCACACAGGUGCCACUGAUCAGAAGGAGGUCUCCAAGCUGGCCAGGAACACGACCAAAGUGGCCAAGACGAACCGGCGGAAGAACGUCAUGAACGAGAGCGAGAGGAACUACGUGUCAGCGCGGGACAACGAGAUAACGGUGGGCUCCAACAAACGGCGACUCGUCAACAUCGAGACGGAGAACGCCGCCCGACAGUCGGCCGAAAACUAUAAGAAACACACGAUCACGGGCGAGCAGACUGCCGGCACCAUCGAGCAGUUCAUUUCCGGCGAGAAGGCCCACCUGGUGCGAGUCAACAGCACCAACACCAAACUGCUCGAGAAAAGCGUGGCCGCAAAUCAGACCCACCUGGCCACGGAGGCCACCUCGCACAAAAUCCGACGGCUUCAUCUGAGGCAGAGUCGCGUCACUGAGACAAAAAAGGGCAAAACGCUGAGCCCAUUUCUCGAGGCCAGCGGGAUCCCAUUCGUCAAGAAGGAGGAUAACCCACCAAACAUGCCCGCCAUCCGCCCAAUCGAGACGGUGUGGGCACUUCUGAAGCAGAAAGUCUACGAGGGCAACUGGACAGCCCUUUCGAAGCAGCAGCUGGCGGGCAGGAUCCGAAGAAAAAUCAAGGAAGUGGACAUCGAGGUUGUGCGCACCCUCCUGGAGCGCGUGCCCGGGCACCUCCGUCUCGUGGGUCGUGAGGGCGCCGAUGCCCUGAUCUAG